AUGUUUGCCAAAAGUGCACCAGUUCGGGCACCAUAUCUCGGAAAUCACCAACCACUGCUCGGUGAGCCUUAUCUCACCACGACAAUGCUCGAGUCCAUGAGGUUGUUGCGAUUGAUGGACAGAAAUCAUAAUUGGACCGUGGGCCAAAACCAUGACCUAAAGCUCCUUAUCACACCUAAUAACCAAAACGUUCUUGCCCUCAAACGUCCUACCAACCUCACCGAUUGGCAAAUCACCCAGUACCUUUUCCCUAUCUCCACUUCGGGUGAGGAAGAUGAGAAAGGUCAAGAAAGUGAGAAAGAUGAUGCUGAUAAGGAUGGAGAGGAGGAACCAUGA